GCUCCGCCCCCUCUGCGCCGUGUGACAACAACAACUCAUCCACGGAGCGGAGCUGCACUUUUCAGCUCAUUUUCCUCCUGUCAUUCCUCCUCCUAUCUUUGAUCAUUGUCCCGCCGCCCCCCCUCCCCUCCUAAAAAAUACCCCCUCAACUCAACACGCCUUUUUUUUCUUUUUUUUAAAUUCCGCAGCUCUUUUUUUUUUUUUUUUGUUAAACUUCCCAACUUAACUGAGGAGCUAAACUCAGACGGAUCUUUUCAUUUAGCAGGCUGGGGCUUCUACUUUGAACUUGUCCCCCCCUCCUCCCGCAGUGACCAUGGCCGUACCGGCUGCUCUCAUCCCACCGAGCCCUCUCGUUCCGCCGCCUCCGAUCUCCACUCCCUCCGCCACCACGUCCCCGCCGUCGACAACUUCAUCCCCGUCCCCGUCCCUGGCCCCCCCGUCGGGUCCCGGACAGAACCUGUUCCGCUCGGAGCUCCUGGUUAACGCCAGCGGCGGCAGUCCGGGCAUCCCGACCCCGAGCGCGGCUCUCCCCCCCGGCAAGCCGGUCUACUCGACCCCGUCGCCCGUCGAGAACAUCCCGCAGAACAACGAGUGCAAGAUGGUGGAGCUGCGCGGCGCCAAGGUGGCGUCGUUCACCGUGGACGGCUGCGAGCUCAUCUGCCUCCCCCAGGCUUUCGACCUGUUCCUGAAGCACCUGGUCGGGGGGCUGCACACGGUCUACACCAAGCUCAAGCGGCUGGAGAUCACGCCCGUGGUGUGCAACGUGGAGCAGGUCCGCAUCCUCCGGGGGCUCGGCGCCAUCCAGCCCGGGGUGAACCGCUGCAAGCUCAUCUCCAGGAAGGACUUCGAGACGCUCUACAACGACUGCACCAACGCGAGCUCCAGACCCGGACGACCUCCAAAAAGAACCCAGAGUGUGACAUCACCAGAGAACCCCCACAUUAUGCCCCACUCCGUCCCUGGACUCAUGUCUCCGGGCAUGAUUCCUCCCACAGGCCUGACAGCAGCCGCGGCAGCAGCUGCCAACGCAGCCAUAGCAGAGGCCAUGAAGGUCAAGAAGAUCAAGCUGGAGGCGAUGAGCGGCUACCACGGCAACGCCAACCACCACGGAGGCGAUGGAGAGAAUGGAGACCUCAGCUCCAGCGUCGGCCUGGAACUCCCCUUCAUGAUGAUGCCACACCCCCUGAUCCCAGUCAGCCUUCCCCCAGCCUCUGUCACCAUGGCAAUGAGCCAGAUGAACCACCUCAGCACCAUCGCAAACAUGGCCGCUGCAGCACAGGGUCAGAGUCUGCCCUCCAGAAUGGUCACCUCUGUUAUAAAGGGGUUGCAGGAACGUGUGCCGGACAGUCCCUCCCCUGCUCCCUCCUUAGAAGACCACAGGAGGCCAGGCAGUCACCUGUCGUCCCACCGCAGCAGCAGCGUGUCUAGCUCCCCGGCCCACACAGAAAGCUCCUCAGACAGGAUACCAGCACACCACAACGGCCUGUCGAUGAACCAGGUCCUGCUAGGCCUGUCCCCCAACAUCGCGCCUGGUCCUAAAGAGGGAGACCUGGCCCACGACAUGAGCCAUGAAGCAAAGAGGAUGCACGCUGACAAAGAGGACAACCUGAUGUGCACCCCCACUGCAAGAGACAGCUAUGAGAGGUUGUCGUUGGCUGGACAGGGUUUGCCUCCUGGUUUCCCGUCGCCAUUUCUCUUCCCAGAUGGCCUGUCGUCAAUAGAGACCCUCCUCACCAACAUACAGGGCCUGCUCAAAGUGGCGAUCGACAACGCUCGGGCUCAGGAGAAGCAGGUGCAGCUGGAGAAGACGGAGCUGAAGAUGGAGCUGUUCAGAGAGAGGGAGCUCAGGGAGACUCUGGAGAAGCAGCUCGCCAUGGAGCAGAAGAACAGAGCAAUUAUCCAGAAGCGUCUGAAGAAAGAAAAAAAGGCCAAGAGGAAACUCCAAGAAGCUCUGGAGUAUGAAUCCAAGCGGAGAGAGCAGGCUGAGCAGACUCUGAAGCAGCCGUCGCCUUCUGACAGCAUGCGUUCCCUCAACGGUCAGACGAUCUACAACUCUCUGACCCCUGAGAUGGAGAGUGACCGCAGCAGUGGAAGAACAGAUGCUGAAAGGACAAUACAAGAUGGUAGACUGUUCCUGAAAACCACAGUGAUGUACUGAUAAGCCUGCGAGGAGCUGGAGGAGAGGAAAAAAGAUUAAAAAAGGACAGAAAACAAACCCAUGAAGUUUCCGAGGAUCCCCUAUCCAGGCUGAUUUAGCAGAAGAGACGUCAAGCUGCUUGUAGGUGGAAGUGCUGUGUUCACCAUAAUGCUGGAGGAAUCCGAAUGUAGAAUAAGUUGUUUUUUUAAUUGCGCGGGCCAACGUAAAACAGCUUGAUAAAGCAGGUUUAGAUAUGACGUGUUGGCUGGCGUGGCGGAUAAACAUACACCGAGCACAGUAAACAUAAAAAAGACGAAAAAAGAAAUGUACCCAAGGUGCAUUGUUGGUAAUAACUCCUUAAAAUCACAGCACUGAAGAUUUUUUUUAUACUGUAUCUCAGCCAGCGAGAAAGCUUUGAAAUAGAAAUUCGACUGAAGUUUUGUUUUGUAUUUCAAAAGAAAUCCAGAAAAAUGAUGUGUGGAGAUAUGAACCUUGUGGUGAGCAUCAAAAAAAAAAAAAAAAAAAGAAAAGAAAAA